CGCCCGGGAGCUGCGGGAGGACGAGGUCGGAGAGGGGCGGAGGGCAUGUCCGCCCUUGGCUGGUGGCGCCGCUGGGCGCCUGGGGCCGUGUGGGCGCGCUAGACGGCGCGCAGGCAGCGCUGGGCGGAGCCGUCGGGCGCCGUCGGGCGGUGCGGUGAGGUGAGCUCUGCCUUCUUGAGCUUCUACUCUUCUUGGAGACGACUGGCAAGAGGAAGAGGGACUAGGUCCAAACGCUAGGUGGCUGGGUCCAGGUCCUUGGCAUUUUGACUCUGUUCCUGUGGAUAGCUGCCUGUUCUGAAGUUCCAGAAAGGAUCCUAUUCCCAAACAGGUCCCUGAGUACUGACUGUCACAGGCUGCUGCGUCUCUCCUGUUGACUCAUGUUUGGUUCCUCCAGUGAAAAUUUUACUUAGAGAAAUGCUGCCUCCAAAGUACUUGUCUGCCACCAAACCCAAGAAGUCUUGGGCCCCCCAUCUGUAUGAGCUAGACAGUGACUUGACUAAGGAGCCGGAUGCCAUCAUAGGAGAAGGCACAACUGACUCUGAAUUCUUUCAUCAGAGGUUUCGGAAUUUCUUCUACGUGGAAUUUGUUGGGCCUCGGAAGACCCUGAUCAAACUCCGAAACCUCUGCCUCGAUUGGUUGCAGCCGGAGACUCGCACCAAGGAGGAGAUUGUCGAGCUCUUGGUCCUUGAGCAGUACCUGACCAUCCUUCCAGAAAAGAUCAAGCCUUGGGUGCGAGCAAAAAAGCCAGAGAACUGCGAGAAGCUAGUUACGCUGCUGGAAAAUUACACGGAGAUGUAUGAACCAGAAGACGACAGCAACAGUGACGUCCACAGUGAAGACAGCAUGAGCCGAAGGGCAGCAGAGUCCCCGCCCCCACGCUCUGUCUACUCCUACUGCAGUGACCGGGACCGGGACUGGGACCACGAUUGGGACCGUGGCCGAGAUCGGAACUGGGACCGGAACCGAGACUGGGAGCGAGACGCCCUGGAGCGGGGGCGGGGGCGGAGGGCCAGAAGCAGAGACCUGGAGUCCCGAGAACGCUGGCCGUACACCAGGAACCCCAGAAGCAGACAUCCUCAGCGGGAUCUUUCCCUUCCUGUGAUGGAGAAAACAACUUUUGUUAUGGAGAGAGAGCACAGACGCAGGGACUCGGUGAUGGACUAUGAGUCCAGAUCCCAGGAUGCAGUGUCCUACCAGGACGUUGUGGACCUUACCGAGGACAGGAAGCCUCAGAACCCAAUUCAGGACAACAUGGAGAACUACAGGAAGCUGCUCUCGCUGGGGGUUCAGCUUGCCGAAGAUGAUGGCCACUCCCACAUGACACAAGGGCAUUCAUCAAGGUCAAAGAGAAGUGCCUACCCAAGCACCAGUCGAGGUCUGAAAACUAUGCCUGAAACCAGAAAGUCAAGUCAUCGGCGGGGGAUUUGUGAAGAUGAAUCUUCCCAUGGGGUGAUAAUGGAAAAGUUCAUCAGGGACGUGUCGCGCAACUCCAAAUCAGGAAGGGCGAGGGCAUCUAAUGAUCGAUCGCAGAGAUUCCCCCGAAGGCCAGACAAUGAUUGGAAAGAAGUUUCAUUCAACAAGAGGGAGUCAGUGAUUCAGGAGAGGGGCUAUGAAGGGAAUGCUUUUGGGGGAGGCUUUAAUUUUAACUCAAACCUAGUUUCCAGAAAGAGAGUUCUUGAAAGAAAAAGGCGCUAUCAUUUUGACACAGAUGGGAAGGGCUCAAUUCAUGAUCAGAAGGGCUAUGCAAGGAAGAGACCCUUUGAAUGUAGUGAUAUGAGAAAAGCCAUGAGCAUGAGCAGCCUUAGCUCACCCUCCUUCACUGAAUCACAGCCACUUGAUUUUGGGGCAAUGCCCUAUGUGUGUGAUGAGUGUGGGAGGCCUUUCAGUGUGAUUUCAGAAUUUGUCGAACAUCAGAUCAUGCAUACUAGAGAGAAUCUUUAUGAAUAUGGUGAAUCCUUUAUUCAUAGUGUGGCCGUCAGUGAAGUUCAGAAAAGUCAGGCUGGAGGGAAACGCUUUGAAUGUAAGGAGUGUGGGGAAACCUUCAAUAAGAGUGCUGCUCUUGCUGAACAUCGGAAAAUUCACGCUAGAGAGUAUUUCGCAGAAUGUAAGGAUGAGGAGUAUGAGGAACCCUUCAUGCCUAGCCCGACCUUUAGUGAGCUUCAGAAAAUAUAUGGAAAAGAUAAAUUCUAUGAAUGUAAGGUGUGUAAGGAAACCUUCCUUCAUAGUUCUGCCCUGAUUGACCACCAGAAAAUCCAUGGUAGAGACGACAAAGAUAAUGAUCGUGGGGAGGCCUUUAAACCCAGCCCAACCCUUAGUGAGCGUCAGAAAAUGUAUGGUAAAGAGAAAAUGUAUGAAUGUAAGGUGUGUGGGGAGACCUUCCAUCACAGCUCAUCCCUGAAAGAACAUCAGAAGAUCCAUACUAGAGGAAACCUAUUUGAAAAUAAGGGUAAAGUGUGUGAGGAAACAUUCAUUCCUGGUCAGUCCCUGAAAAGGCGUCAGAAAACUUACUCAAAAGAGAAGCUCUAUGAUUUUAAAGAUGGUGGGGAUGCCUUUAGGCAAAGCUCAGACCUCAGUGAGCAUCAGAAAAUUCAUUCUCGAAAGAACCUCUAUGAAGGCAGGGGGUAUGAGAAGUCUGUCAUUCAUAGUGUGUCCUUCACUGAAUCUCAGAAGAGUCAUACUAUAACAAGACCACCUGAAAACGAGGAGGACGAGAAGGCAUUCACUGUUAGCUCUAACCCUGAUGACAACCAGAAAUUUCCCACUACAGAAAAUGUCUAUGAGAGGAAACCAUAUGCGAGGUCUGUUAUCCAUAGCUUAGCCUCUGCUGAAGCUCAGAAAAGUCACAGUGCUGUGGAGCCCAAUAAACUGAAAGUGAUUACAGAGUCUGCUAUUCAGAGCUCAAAUGUUACCAAUCAUCAGAAAGUCCAAGCUGGAGAGAAUACCUCUGAAGGAAAGAAAUAUGAGACAUCUGUUAUCCAUAGCUUAGCUGCUUUCAGACCUCCCAAAAGUCACAGUGGAAAUGAAGUUGUUGAAUGUAAUGAGAAGGGAGAAUCCUCCAUUUAUGUCUCAGACCCUCACGAUAAGCAACAAAAAGCUCCUGCCAGAGAGAACCCUUAUGAAGGGAGUAAGAAAAACACCUACAAAGACUCUGUCAUACACAGUAUAUCCCAUGCCGAACCUCAGAAGAGUCUUACUGGAGAGGAAUCCAAUGAAUUUAAGAAGGAUGGCGAAUCAUCUGUUCCCAACUCAAAUGUCCGCGAACAUCAGAAGGCUCGUGCUAAGAAGAAAAACAUUGAGUGUACGAACUAUGAGACCUCUGUAAUUCACUCCCUACAUUUUGGUGAACCUCAAACUUUUCGCCCUAGACAGAAAUUCUAUGAAUGUCUAGUGUGUGGAGAGUCCUUUGUUCGUAACUCUGACCUCACUGAGCAUCAGAAGAUUCAUGAUAGAAAGAAGCCCUCUGGAAGUAAAAACUAUGAACGAUCUGUUAUUCGUAGCUUAGCCUCUACUGACCCUCAGACGAGUUAUGCUGAACAGCCAGUGCAGAUCACUUAUGCUGAACAGCCAGCCCAGAUGAGUUAUGCUGAACAGCCAGCACAGGUGAGUUACAUUGAACAGCCAGCGCAGACGAGUUAUGCAGAACAGCAAGUGCACAACAAAUGUAAGGAGUGUGGGGAAUGCUUUGCUACCCCUGAAGACCUCGGUGCACAUCAGAAAAUCUAUGCCCGAGAGGAGUUCCAUGGGGGGAAGCUGUUUGGAGGCUCUGUCAUUCAGGGUGUAGGCCUUGCUGGGCCUCAGCAGGGAGAGCCUCAGCAGGAUGAGCCAGAUGAGCAGGAUGAGCAGGACGAGCAAGAUGAGCCUGAAGACACAAUCUAUGGAUGUAAGGACUGUGGGCUAGGCUUCGCGGAUCGGGCAGACCUUAAGGACCAUCAGAAAGUUCAUGGCAGAGAGUAUCUCAUCGACAGUCGUGAGUACACGCAUUCUGUAAUUCACACCCAUUCCAUCAGCGAAUAUCAGAAAGAUUACAUUGGAGAGCAGCUCUUUGAAUGCCCGGCAUGUGGGGAAUCUUUUGUUCAUAGUUCAUUCCUUUUCGAGCAUCAGAAAAUCCAUGAGCAAGAUCAAUUUUACGGAUAUAGGAGGUAUGAUGAGCCAUUUAUGCAACCCUUGGUCAUUAACCCACGGAGGCCUCGUGCCCCACAGAAGAAUCCUCCUACAGGAACGUCCCUUCAGUGCCACGUGUGUGGACGAGACUUCAUUCAUGGCUCUGUCCUUAAUGAACAUAUGAGAAUUCAUACUGGAGAGAAUUUACCAGAGCAGGGUCAGAGAAGUGAAGAUGCUGUCAGUCCAGGCUUAGCCCUCACUGAGUUUCAGAGAAGUCAAACCGAAGAGAAGCACUAUGAAUGUAAAACAUGUGGAGAAUCCUUCCUCAGUCAGUCAGACCUUAGGGAUCACAUGAGAAUUCAUGAGAAAGAUGAGCCCUAUGAUUAUGGGGCCACCUUUGUUCACACCUCAUUUCUUACUGAGCCCCCCAAAAGAGAUUCACCGUUCUAUGAAUGCAAGGAUUGUGGGAAGUCUUUUAUUCAUAACACAGUCCUCACUAAACAUCAGAAGCUUCAUCUUGAAGAAGAAGAAGCUGCAGCCCAGGAAGUUGAAGCCAAUGUCCUCGUUCCAAGAGAAGUUCUGCGGAUCCAGGGGUCAAAUGUAGAAGCAGCUGAGCCAGAGGUGGAGGCUGCCGAGCCGGAAGUGGAGGCUGCUGAGCCCAAUGUGGAGGCCGCCGAGCCCAAUGGAGAGGCUGAAGGGCCAGAUGGGGAGGCCGCAGAGCCAAAUGGGGAGGCUGAACAGCCCAACGGAGAGGCCGAACAGCCCAACGGGGAUGCCGAUGAACCGGAUGGUGCAGGGAUCGAAGACCCAGAAGAAAGAGCUGAAGAGCCAGAGGGAGACGCCGAUGAGCCAGAUGGUGCAGGGAUCGAAGACCCAGAAGAAGAAGGUGAAGAUCAGGAGAUUCAGGUUGAAGAGCCAUACUAUGACUGCAGGGAAUGUGGAGAAAUCUUCACUUCCAGUUCAGCCUACGGUGAGCACCUGAAAACCCAUGCCAGGGUGAUAAUAUUUGAGCCUGGAAGUGUCUACGGAGAAAGCUCACGCUAUACUGAACAUGCCAGCACCAGCACUAGUGACAAUGACAGGGCUGAUGACAAGUACUUCAAAUGUGACGUCUGUGGGCAGCUCUUCAAUGAUCGCCUGUCCCUCGCUAGACACCAGAAUACCCAUACCGGCUGAGAACACGACUGUAAAGGUUGGAGAACCUUCACUUAGAACUUGACUUUACUAAACCACAGAGAAUUCGAACCAACCCAUAAUAAUGUCGAAAGGAAACUUACCUUGACGUGUAUACACCUGACUUUUAACAUUAGACAACUCAAACUGGAAGGAAACUGAAGGUGGUGAUUCCUUUCGUCUUAGCUCUCCCCCAUCAGACAUUGAGUGUGCAUGUGGGAAAGCCAUAGCACAUAUCUUACCUUCCAUCCCAGUAAACACACUGAGGGAAAACCCUCGGGGUUUUCGAGACUACAGAAAUUGCCCCAAUCAGCUGUAAAGGACACUCCUGUAACCUAUAUAUAAUGUUUCCUGAGAUGUAUAUAAAACAGCAAAUCAUAGCAGUACAGUAAUCACGUAUAUUUGGAUUUAAUUACAGUUUACUGUGCAGAAGUACCUUACCCUGGUACUCUUUGGUUUUUUUUUUUUUUUUGGAGGAGGAAGAGAGCAACAAAUUAGAGUAUAUUUGUAAGCAUCUUAGAUCCUCAGAAAGAUUUAUUGUGCAUUAUUUGAACUCCAUCCGUAUCUUUUUGAGUAAUUGUGUGUUGUUCCUUCCUCCUUCCUCUUAAAUAUUCCUGUACAGGUGUAGGCAUGAAAGAUAAAAUGUCGAUUACUCUUUGUUGUUUGAAAAGAGAAGUACUUUGAGCUUCCUUUUCAGCCCUUUCGUCUACACCAACGCUUUGGAACCUAAUGCUGUAUAAGCCUUUACAACAUGUGGAUUGGCCUUUUGUGACCCAAAUUAUCAGUUGCCACAUUGUACCUUGCAGUGAUUCUCAUGCAAAAAUAUUAGAAGUUUUGUUGUUUUUUAAACCAACUUGCUGUGUUCGAUAGUGAAUGCACAAAAGCCGAAGCUUUUCUCUGUAAAUUUUAUGUCUUUGCCUUUAAAGAGUGAGCUGCAACCAUCGCUAGAUCACAGUAGUGCCUCAUGAAGGUUGAGAACCAUGGGGAGAGGCUCUCGGGUUGUAAAUACAGCUGUAGGCUGACGACUUUCAUCACUUGCUUUGUGUGCUUCCUGCCUUAAGUGACAAGUAGAACGUGGCUUCAAUAGUAUGUUCUGCCACAAGUCAGUUUGCACCCUGGGUGCCCAGGAGCUAGUUUUCUUAGAGCUUUCUGUUGCUCAGCUGAAUUCUCGUCUUCACCUCUCUGACCAUCAACCCUAUGUCUAACUUGCAUUUAAAAAAAUUUAAAAAAAUAAAAAAGCUUUCUUUACAGUCAACCCAAGCUUAACAUGGACUCAGGUUCUCCAGCAGCCUUAAUUUGUUUUGUUACCGUCUGUUCCUGCCCUGCUCAGCUCUCCUGCGUGCUUCUGAGCUAUCCAUUAGUGUUGUGUCUGUCUGGUCUCUUCGGGUUUCCACUUGACCACCAAGUGACCUCCUAGCUUGAGGUUUCCGGUGUCCUGUUCUGUGCCCCACCUGUGCUCCUUUUGCUUCCCCUCCCAUCACAUAAUGACUAUUAAGAAAUUUUUUGGCUUUGAGUUGGCUGGAAAAAAAAAUUUUAAAAUAAAAAAAUUUUUUAAAAAAUGGAUCUGUUGAUUGAAUGAAGAUAAGAGCAGAUAAUUUGAACAAGCAAAAUUAAAAUCCCUGCUAGAGAAUGUGUCUAAAUCUCACUCUCCUAGAUCCGCACGGUUAGGGCUCGGAGAGUGUGUGUCAGGGCUGCAGGGAAUGCCCAAGUUGAGGGAGGUUGGAGGGCUGAGAGAGAGGCAGAAUGAGUAAGCCAAAGAAGGGAGUCCUAACGUGUCACCAGCCCUAGGAGGGUGAGGAAGCAGACGGAAGGCAACAUCAGAAGAGGGAUUGGAAAGUUAGGCUGGUGAGAAGGAAUCGAUUGAGCAGAAUGUCUUGGGCAGUUUAGAAGAAGGGGCCUUUUUUAUGGCAUGGUGUAGGUGAGGGCCAGCUGCACAGAAAGACCAAGGUUGGAAUGGACAUCUGGGAAAACAGGAGCAGUGAGGCCCCACAUCAGAGCAGGGCUCUUGAGACGGGAGCCAGUGUUGAUGUCAUCGGGGCGAACUUGGGUUCGUCACUGUUGGUAGUAGGUUGGUAGAACCUUUUCAGAAAGUACCUUGCCAAGUGUCAGGUUGUCCGUUCCAACCUUAGGUUAGUAAAAAAUCAGGAACAACUGAAAUGCCAAACAAUAGGAGAAAGAUAAGUGAACGUAUCGUGGACUCAACGCAGCUGUUUAAAAAUGAUAAUCAUGAAGAGUUAUGUAGCAACGUGAAAAUAUAUUUACGGAAUAUUAAGUGGAAAAAGCAGGACACAAUUAUAUUUAUACUACAAUUAUAAUUGUUUAAAAAUGUAUGCUUAUAGUCAAAAGCUGUUGUGUUGUUGUUGUAGGCUUAUAGUUGAGCAUUAUUUUCUUAAAUUCCUUGAAUGUUCUUUAUGGUAGUGUUACUAAAAAGUUUAUAACCACGUUUCCAUUGUGAACAUAAUUCGAACUCAUCAGCAGACAACUUGGAAAAUACAGAAAAGUGGAGGAAAAAAAUCCAUAUUCCCACCAUCCAAAGACAGAUAAUACUGUUCAAUAUAUUGUUUAUUCUUGUUUCUGUGCACAGGUUUAUGAUUAUAACCGUGUCAAAAUGUGUAUUCAGAGUAGCUGUUAUGUUACCUUUGUGGAAUUAUGGUUAAACACUUUCAUCUUAAUGUUUUCAAAUGUUCCUUAUAAUAGUGUUCUGGUAACAAAGUUUAUUAUGUUUGUUUCCAUGAUAAGCAUAAUAUGUACCCAGAAGAAAAAUUGGAAAAUACAGUAAAUUAGAAAAGAAAAAAAGGUUACCCAUAUUCCCAACACCCAACAACUGCUGUUAACAUCUUGAUCUGUUUCCUCCAUCUUGUUUAAGUGCACAAGCUUGUGAUUAUAACAGUGUUAAAUACGUAUGCAUAAAGUCUAAAAUGAAAAAAAUAUGGAACUAAUUAAAAUAGUGUUGUUAUUGUGGGAUUAUGGUUAAAUAUUUUGUCUCAAAUUCCCUGAAUGAUCUUUGGUGUUUUGGUAUUAAAUCUUAUGUAUGUAUGUAUUUUUCCAUUACAAGUAUAAUACAUACUCAUAGCAAACUUCAGGAAAUUCAGUAAAGUAGAAGAAAAGAAAUUCACCCAUAUUCCCAACACCCAACAACAACUGCUGUUAACAUCUCAAUCUGUGCACCAGUCUGUGUUAUUAGGGUGUUAAUGAUAAGUGUGCGUAGAGUCAAAGAUGGGAAGAAAUAUGGAAAACAAUUAAAUAGUUGUGUGGUCAUUGUGGGAUUAUGGUUAAAUAUUUAGCCUCGGUUUCCUCGAAUGGUCUUCAUCCAUAGUGUUUUGGUAAUCCACCUUUAUUACAUAUAUUUCCAUUAUAAACACAGUAUGUGUUCGUUAUAGAAACUUUGAAGUUGCAGAAGCAUAGAAGAGAAACUCACCCAUAUUUCCAUCAUCCAAAGACUCUGGUUAACAUCUUGAUGUAUUUUCUUCAUCUUGUUUCUGUGCACAGGUUUUUGGUUUGUUAAUAUGGUUGUGGUCGUUCUAUCUAUCUGUAAUAGUGUCAACAAUAAAAAUAAAGUUAAAAAUAAGA